AAAAGGGGCUAUCUUAUCAGUUGCGAAUGAUGUCACCCCGCACGAGGGGUUCCUGAUCAAGUUCUUUUAAACCCUACCAUCCGGUUUACAGUCGCCUGGAAACAACCUAGAACUGUUUAUCCCGAACUGAGAGCAAGAUGGCGAACUCGGACGUGCUCCCCCUCCUGCAGUCCCUCAUCGAGGUCCCCAGCAACAGCGAGCACGAGGAAGCGGUCGCCCGCUUCCUGGACGAUCAUCUCACGCGCCUCGGCUACACCGUCGAGCGCAUCCCCAUCGCCCCGGACUCGCCCCGCGAGAAUGUCUACGCCUAUCUCGGUGCGACGAGACGCGUCCGGGUCUGUCUGACCUCGCACAUGGAUACUGUGCCGCCGCAUAUCCCCCUACGCAUGGACGGCGACACCGUCUACGGUCGCGGUGCCUGCGACGACAAGGGGCCCAUGGCGGCCCAGAUCUGCGCGGUAGAGGAGCUGCGCGCCGAAGGACGGGUGCAGGAGGGCGACAUCGGUUUGCUGUUUGUCGUCGGCGAGGAGAAGGGUGGUCCGGGUAUGAUUGCGGCCAACGACGAGCGGCACGAUCUGCGGUUUGAGAGUGUGAUCUUUGGCGAGCCGACUGAGGGAAAAUUGGUGGUGGGACAUAAAGGACACCUAGUGUUUGAACUGAUCGGGGAGGGGAAGGCCUGUCACUCCGGUUACCCCCACCAUGGCAUCAACGCCAACGUGGCCCUAGUCGCGGCACUCAAUGACUUCGUUGCCACCACAUUCCCGGAGUCUCCGCUUCUGGGUCCAUCCACCUUCAACAUCGGCAAGCUCGAGGGUGGAGUCAGCUACAAUAUCGUCCCCGCCGCCAGCAAGGCGCUCUGUGCCGUGCGCGUUGCGACGGAUAUGGCCGCGAUUAAGCAGCUCGUCGCGGACGUCGCGGCUCGCCAUCCCCAUGUGCGCCUGGAGUUCAAGUUCGAAUAUCCCGAGACAUUGCUGGAUCAUGAAGUAGAAGGGUUUGACAGCGCACCGGUAUCAUACGGCACGGACGUUCCGCGGUUCAAGGGAGACCACAGGAAGUAUCUCUACGGGCCUGGGUCAAUUCUGGUCGCACACGGCGAGAAGGAACAGAUCACGGUGCAGGAGUUGCAAGAGGGGCUGACGGCCUAUAAGAAGCUGGCGGUACAUGCGCUGGGUGACAAACAGUAGUGGGUUUGGUCGGUAGUUUGUGCAUCACGUCGGAAUACAUACAGACGGUCUGGAAUAACUCCAUGGGAAAGGUCUCAAAACUUCUGCAGAUGGCUUCUAGUCCCAGUAUGAUCUACAGAAAACAGGGCUCUCAGGUUUCCUGGCACCCUGAUCCCCUUCAUUCGUCUGAGCUAUUAUCUGUUGAAUCUGCAUGUCGGUCUGCAAGCUUAGAACCAGGUAGACAGGCUAAUAAGAACUACUGCUACAUCUCUACCCACAAGUCCAUC